AUGCGCUGUCCACCGAACAUCUCAGUGGCGGAGCUGCGUGACGCGUGCGACUACCUUCUCAUACCUUUCAAUGCUAGCACAGUGAAAUGCCAAAACCUGCAUGCACUUCUGCAUGAGCUAUCGAACGAAGGAGCCCGAGAACAGUUUUCGAACUUCCUGGAGGAGAUCAUACUUCCUCAACUAGUUGCGAGUACUGAACAUGGCGAACGAGAAUGUCAUAUAGUGGUGUUACUUGAUGAAGAUGUAGUGGAUUGGGAUGAUGAGUAUCCGCCACAAAUGGGCGAAGAGACCACCCAUGUUGUGUACAGUUCGCAUUUGUACAAAUUUUUCAAGUAUGCUGAGAAUCGGGACUGUGCGAAACAGGUAUUGAAAUCAAGAGGUUUGAAGAAGAUUCGGCUAGGAAUGGAGGGCUAUCCAACGCAUAAAGAGAAAGUGAAAAAAGCGAUUAAUCAAAGCGAAGUGUUAGCCUUUCAGCACCGGGAUAAAAUAUUCCCUGAAGUAGCUGUGCUGAUAGUUAUCUACAACUAUGUACAACGUCCCUUCGUUCACUGUUCAUGGGAGAAGGAAGAAGCGCGAAGUCGUCACGUUGAUUUUGCUUGUCCUAUUGUAAAGUCGAAGUCAAACCCAAGCCUUGCUGCUGCCGCUUCUGAUCCGCUGCCACAACCUGCUCCACUGCAUCAACAACGUGAUCAUAAUCUUCUUGGUGUUAAUAUUAAUCAAAAUCAGCAUGUGCAACCCCUUCACUCACCACCUGUGAAUUUUCAUCGCGAUCGAGGCGAGCCAGACUUAAGAGAUGAUGAAUAA